AUGACUUCUCUAUUUGCCCACGUCUUGUCUCAGGUAUUGUUCUAUUUCCACUCUCUACAGGUUAACUGCUGCUCUAUGGAUCAAAGAUCAGAUAACAAUCAGCCAACAUAUUCUUCUGGUCACUCAGAUGUUUUGUGAGGUAACCACUGGAAAGGCAGCAGUGGUUGUGUGGCCUACUCUUUCAGUCUGGAUGGGAAAAAUGCUGUGUUUUUAGACACAAUGUUGCCUGUAAAGUGUGAGGUAGCACACUGGUUUGACACCAGCAGUCGAGGGAGAUCUGGUGGUUCAGGGCCUGCAUCUACAAAGAAUCAUUAGGCUUGGUUGAACUGGCAAUGCCCACGCAGUCACUCACAAGCAGUCCUCAUGGGUAAUGUACAGCACAGGCUGGUUGACAUAAUGGACUCCCUGGGACACACUAUGGUAGAUGUCCUGUGUAUGGAUCUAGAGAGUGCUGAGUGGCGCAUGUUAGAAAGCUGGAUUACAGAUGGAACUCAGAAGCUCAUUCUGCUCAUUCUGACCAUUCAUCUGCAGUGGGUGUGGUUUGAGGUGGAGGGAUCUGAAGAGGAGGUGGUGCGUUUCUGGUACAGUGUACUGAGAGCCCUCCGCCUCUCCGGACUCCAACUCAUGCAUGCAGCUCACAGCCCAAGACAUGAAGUGCUGAGACACAAACUGGCAAACUCAUAUAGCUCCUACACACUGAGCUGCAUAAGGACAGAGGAGUAG